AUGAAGAUCAUGCUCCUUCUCUUCAUCUUGCUGGGAGUAGUAUCUGGAAGAAGAACCCAGUUGCUUCAGAGCUUGCCUGCAAAAACUACUGUUGAAGAAAAUGCAGCAGCUGGUGUUACGGUUUAUACCUUCAAUGUGACUCUUUCUCCAUUGUCUUCUAAAGAUGUUGCAGUACCCCCUACCAUACUAAAUUCAAAUCCAUUUGCAGGGGCUUUUGUUAUCGAACCAAAAGGAAAUCUUGAAUACAGGGUUGUUACCACUGGAAACCCUGUCCUGGAUUAUGAAACCAUGCCAAACAGAUUUGAUUUACAGAUUUUUGUGAAAGACACAACUGGGAGAACUGAUCUUAAGAUACUGACUGUCCAAGUAACAGAUAAAAAUGAAAGUCCCAUAUUUCACGGAAAUAUGGCAAUUCAAACUGUAACGAUCUACGUCUUGGAAGGAACACCUCCAGCACGCAUUUACCAAGUUCAAGCAGCUGAUCCUGAAAAGGCUGAACUCCAAUAUUCACUGCUCCCUGCAUCAGUGCCAUUCUCAGUCUUUGAGAAUGGAGCCAUUUUUUCCAGGAAAGAAUUUGAUUAUGAGAAAGAUCCAUGUUGUUAUUUUUUAAAUAUAACAGUGACAGAUCCAGAUAGACUCAACUCAACUAAAACAGUGCAUAUCAAGAUAAUUAACAUCAACGAUGAAAUACCUUACUUUACCACAAAGCAAAGAAUCUACAGGAUUCCAGAGGAACAAAGCCCAGGCACUGUUGUUGCCAAUGUAACAGCUAAAGAUCCCGAUGAUGAAGGCUCUCCUAGCAGACUUUUCUACAGCAUCCAGUCUUCUGAGAAAUAUUUCUCCAUAAAUCCAUCGACUGGAGUGCUGCAGGUGACUGGGAGAAUUGACCGAGAUGACCUUCCACUGCAGCUCCAUCCUAACAUCUCACUGAGAGUCCGGGUGGAGGACAGUCCCAGCGGUGGUCACGCCACAGAAAUUGAAAUCACUAUCAUUAUUGACGAUAUCAAUGACAACCCACCAGAAUGCAAUCCUUCUACCUUCAGGAAAGAGGCAAAUGAAAAUACAACUGCUGGGACAUUCCUUCUUGAACUUAGAAAUUACUGUAAAGAUAUUGAUGCUGAUCCAUCAAACAAUCAAUUUGAUUUCACUGGAUUAUCUGGGUUUGGAAGCAAUUACUUCGCUUUGGAGUCCACUGCAUCUGGGAGACUUGUGAUGACUGAAAGUAUUGAUUUGGAAAACCCAGCUAAUCUAGGAGUUGAAGUUUAUUCACUGACUGUCAGGGUGCAAGAUACUGCCUUUCCUAACUACUCAAAUAUCAUCCACAUUUACAUCAGGAUAAAGCCGGUGAAUGAAUUUUUUCCAGUCUUCAAUAAUUUGUCAUAUGUGUUUAAUGUUCCAGAAAUUACUAAAGUUGGGUCCACCAUUGGAAAAGUGAGUGCCAGAGACAAGGACUGGCCACCCAGUGUCAUCACUUAUUCCACUGUAGCUGGAGGAGGCACCAGCAAUUACGCAAAUAUCUUCUGGAUCAGCCCAACCAGAGGACAUCUGAAGAUUUUAGCUAGGUUAGACUACGAAACAGCUCAGAAACAUAUUCUCACAGUACAGGCCUCAGACCAAGAGAAGACUGCAACUGUGUCUGUAACUGUCAAUGUUUUGGAAGUAAAUGAUGAAGAGCCAGUUUGUUUACCCAAUUUCUAUUCAUUUCAAAUCCCAGUCAGCUUAGCUGUUGGGACCAAUAUUAAUGGCUUCAGGAUUGAAUGCCAAGAUCGUGAUUCUGAGCCCAGGUCUUUCCGUUACUUCAUUAAUGAAGGCAACGUGAACAAUCACUUCACCUUUUCACCAAGUGCUGGCUCCAACACAUCACGGCUGAUUCUUGCAUCAAGGUUUGACUAUGAAGGUGGACUUGAUACAAACUGGGUUUACAGACUGCGUGUCUAUAUAACAGAUGACAAUCUAUUAUCUGCCAGGGACAAAACUACACCCCUAGUUAAAACUGGAACGGUGGCUUUAAGACUCAGAGUUAUCCCAAACCCAACUACCCCCAUUACCACAACACCUGGCUUCACUCUUGUGACAAGAAGGGAAAACCUCUACUCUGGAUCGGCGUGGUAUGUGCCGUUUGUCAUCACCCUUGGCAGCUUGCUGCUCCUCGGACUGCUGGGCUACCUGGGCUUCCUGCUGGCGACCUGGGUCCAUACCCACUGCCCUCUGGCAGGCAGAGUACAUGGAAAACCUCCGAUAAAUGUUCCAGAAAAGAAGAAACCUAAAAAAGAUGUGGUUGUGACAAUGACAAAGCUAAACACUGUCUUUGAUGGUGAAGCCAGAGACCCAGUUACUGGCAGAAUGUAUGAAUUCAAUACACAGUCAGGGGCCCGAAGGUGGAAGAAGAUCAAUGAGCCUCUUCAGCCAGAGCCGGCCCUGCAGGUAGCAUCCAGUGCCAUGGAUGACAGUGGCCAAGGAACAGAAAGAGCAGAGGCACCAAGCAACAAACAGCCUUCAGAGAAGGGGAAAGAGCUGGCUGCAGAGACAAAACCAGCUUCCAAGCUCACAGGAGGGCAAUGAGAAACAAGAGGCGAGGAUGGGCUGAAAUUACAAAAGCAGAAAGAGGAGUUUGAGGACAGGGGGUUAUCCUCACCAGCCCCCCUGAGGCAGGUACUGACCUCCUCUCCCAAAAUGAGUGCUGUGUUGCCAGUAAGCCAGCCUUAAAGCAGAGUGCAUGGGACUCCAAGGCACCUCCCAAAUGACCUCUGCUCUGAGCAGCCAAAGAACCAGAUGUGAUUUUCUCUCUCAGUAUCUCAGCUGCAAAACAUAAGGUGCCCAUUGCUGCAUAAACUGGACCCAAAGGCAGGAUGAAGCCAGACUUACCGUUGGCAGGUAACAGUGAGAGUCAAGUGGAGGAUGUGAAAGAGGGAGAAGAGGAAACAAAAGCAGAGUCAUGGACAGAAGCAUUUGCUGUCCCUGGGCUACAGCCACUGGCAGGUUCUUCCUGGAAGAGCUCUGCAUCCCCAGACAGACAUGGCCACAUCCUCUGGCUGCCUUUGGGAAGGGCAGCCUACACACAGGCAUUCUUUCUCAAGCAGUGAAUGAGGGUCUUCUGUCCCUGCUGAGCAGCAGAAAGGGUGAAAAGCACAACAGAGUUGAAAAGCUUUCUGGUAAAAGCUAAAAAACAUUUCUUCUCAGUCAGUAUUUUAUUUCAGCCCUUCCUUGCCCUCCCAUCUUGCUGUAGUAAAGACCACGGCUUGAAAGCAGUUUUAGGGUGGAGAAAACUCAAAGCUUGUUAUGGUAUCUCAGGCUGUCAUGUCAACGCUUUCAGCUUAUUUAUCUUUUGUAACACUAGCAGCAUUCAAUAUCUUCACCUUUGGUAUUUCCACUGGCGUAUUUAAUGUUUAACAGAAUCAAGUGGAACACACUCAAAAGAAUGACAGUAAACACAUGGGGUGAAAUAAUCUUUUCCAAGUGUGGGCAUGUAUAAUGUAAGUGCUGCCUAAGAACCUGAUAUAAAACAAGCAAACUCUACAAGAAUUCAGAAAAUUAUCUUAAUCUGAAGAAAAUGAAUUAUAAAUAAUGACUGAAUAUUCCAUGUCUUGGCUUCCUUUCUUUCCUGAUCACUAAAAGGUUUUUGGCAGCAAGGUGGCAAAAGAAAAUAUUCAGUUGAAGCUGAGCAGGGACAGUCAGUGAAUGUUUUAUCCAAUCUGUCACAUACAUUAAGUUUUGUGGUGCAGCAGAGGCCCACGGUGAUUUCACCAAGGGUCCUACUCUUCACAAAACCACCCGUCACAGUGCUGCAACCCUUUGCUGUGCUCCAAAGGAGCGGUUUGGCUCAGGAACAACUUCUCUUACAAACACCAAACACCAAACCCCUUCAGUCAAAUGCCAAUUCAUUGUGCAAUCAGAAACCCAGCUGUCAUGAACACCACAAUGAUAGAGAUAGGAAGGAGUGAUUGAUACUCUCUAAGCAUGUUAUCGGUUUACUGUGUCUGCGACGGUUGUUAUAGUGCUGUUUGACCCUCCACCACCAACAGGGCUAACCGCACAUUCAGAGCUCCAAACCACCAUUGUUUGCAUUCGUUUGCUGUAAACAUGAUAUGUUCAAUUCUAUGCAGGUGACACGGAGAAGUAACUGGCAGUACUGUUGUAGCACUGAUCUUUCUGUCACUUUGACACCAAGCUGUGCCUGGCACAUACAAAUGUUAAAUCUUUGCUACCUGAAAAAGUUAACUGUGGUUUUUCAUUAUAGGAAGGCACAAAGGGUUUUGCAUUUAUUUUCCUGAGCAUUUCUCUGGGCAGCUACUCUGCUUCCUUGAUGCCUCUCAUAGUACUUUUGUGAUUAAGAGAUUAUUACUUUUUUAUGGGGAGGCAGAGACAAGCUGUAGUUUCAGCCAGGAAACCUGGAAAAAGAUGGAUAAAACCUCAUCUUUCUUUACUACUUUUCCUGCUGCUGAACUGCACAAACUUCUUCCCUUUCUUCUCAGGAAAAAACCCCAACACAACAGUAUGUAACACAGCAUCACAGCAUGCUCUUAACAUCCAUGAGUGCAAGAGCAUUGUCACAGCCAACACUAAUGGUGCCAUAGUCUCCCACAGCUGGCCAACAGCUGGGUUAAAAGCAGCUACCCUUGUAGUGAUGUUCAUAUACUCUAACAUCUGAGCAACUGGCAGCUCCAUGGAUCUAAGAGCUAACACUGACUGGAAUGCCUCCAUCCAGUUGAGGUGAGUGUAGAUGGUGUGCUCAGCCUUUCGCAGGGCAGGUCCAGCCAAGAUAAAGCACUUUGUGAGUCACAUGCAACCUGCUGCAUGGAGUAACGUGUGCUGACCAUAAUACACAGCUACAUCCUUCCUCACCCACACUACUGCUUCAGCAUGUGCAGUGUUCAUCUCCAGCUCCAACUAAUUCUUCAUCCUGAUCUUCACUGUGAAACCUUAUUUUGACCAUGCAUAAACUAUAUUCCUUUCUCAGGAGCUACAAAAUCAAGCAAUAACAAGGCUUUAUGCACAAGCAGCUAGGUUUUCCUCUCAGUUGCCCCUACUACUAUUGACUUUCCUCCCUGUGAAAGAGCUCAGGUCUCACUGAGCCAUUCAUUUCUUUAGCUUAUCUUUGGUAGAGCAAAAGCAGAGAAGACAGAACUGCCUUAGAUGUACACCUAUUGCAUAUUGUAUGGAACGAUAUAUGAAAAGAUAUUUUGAAUACAUGUAAAAGAAAUGUAUAUUGUUUCAUAAAAUACAGAAGAUAACAGCUGUGCAGUACAUCUUUAAAUGCUAGAAACCUCAUCUAAUUGCUAAACCAGCUUUUGUGUUUUUUUCACUGACAAGUGUCUUUGAGAACACAGAAUCAGUGAUGAGCACUGCCACUAGAUGGAUUGAGAGCAAGGAUUAAGGGCAUGCUCUAGACAAUAAAAGCUUUUAAUUAUUGGAACAAUUAGCUAAGACUGUGAGGCCUUUCCGUCAUUAGAAGACUUCCAAAGUCAAGAACGGCUGCUGUGUGCUGUAGAGGGUCAGACUACAUGGUGGGAACAGCCUCUCUAGUUUCAACAGCCCUGUUAGUCUCUGUGCAUAUAGUUACAAGGUGUGAACUGUGGUGCCAUUUGUUUUAGAGGGAUGACACCAAUAAGCUGAGCUAGAAGAGGAAGAAAGGCAGCUGGUGGUUCAAGCAGAGAGGCUGGGGGCAACAGGUCCUGACCUCCCGCUGCCUGUUACACAUUAUGCGUUAAUUUUAUCCAAAGCCUACAAAAACCAGUGUAAGUUCUGCCACAGCUUUUGAUUGCUGUGUCCACCUAUUACACAUCUCUGAAGUGCUUUGAGACCUUUGGAUUAACACUGCUUUGAAGUUUCAAGAGUGAUUACGAGAGACCACAGGUCACUUUACUGACCGGGUCUAGUUCCUCCAUUAUGAUUAUGUGUGAUCACAUUAGCAGGGGGUUUUGUGCUUUUCUCCAAAGUGAAUGUACU